CUCCUCGGCGUGGUUCACGCGUUUACGGAAGUCGGUCAAGUUGUUUGAUAUUACCAUACUGAUCAAUUCUAUGAGCCGCAUUUGUCUAAUCGUGAAUAUAGAAUUGUGGUUAUUCGGUCGGUAUGUCAGGUUUCAUAACCUUGCAAAAUUUGACUCUCGUUUUUCUCACGGAACAAGUUUUUCCCACAAUAAAGAACGACGAUUUUAUUUUUAUUUGCUUGUAUAGAGUAAGCACCAAGGAAAAAAGAGAGUUAUAUAGCACGAUAUAUAAUAUUUAAUAUAUUUAAUAUAUUUAAUAUAAAGUUUUAAAAAAAUAUUUGAUGAGAACAUUCUUCAAGAUUGUGAAGAUAUUUAUGUGAAAGAGAGUGGUUAAUAUUUAUAUUUUAUGAACAUUAUAUUUAAGAAAUAUUAAAAAAAAACUAAGUACAAUCUUCUAUCGUGUAUGUGCGAAAGAGAAAGUGAAGAAAGUUAAUAAAACUAACCUAACCAUGAAUACACAACAAUCAAAAACAUUCAAACGAGCUGAGAACAAUUUACAAAACAAGUUGAGCAAAGCAUUUAUGAAGAACUAUUCACAUCAUCUAAUGCCAGGUUAUAACAGGAACAAGUCAAUAUGUAUUGAGGAAUGGAAUGAGGAGAAUGCAAUAGGACUCUUUCAAGAUUUCCCAUACAAUUGUGAGCUACCAAAGCCAUUAUUGCCACCAGCAAAAUUAUCAAGAACAGUACUAAGUGAAGAAGAUCCAGCUUUACAACUUCUUACUCUCAAAAGCCACUUAAAAGAUGAUAUAACCAGGAUAAUGAAUUAUUAUAAAAAACACAAGAAAGAUUUUGAUGUAAUACAGAAGAAAAAGCUAAAAUGGAACGGAGGAAGUGAUGGAUAUAAUGCAAAAAUACCCAAGUAUAUUGCAGAUAUAGCAGAACUAAUUGAAAUGGAUCCUGAUCCUUAUUUUGAAGGAACUUAUAACUGGUAUUAUACUGGUGGACUGUUGAAUUACAUUCAAUUAAAUAACUGGGAUGUCCUGUUGUUUCCAUUUAUGGAAGAUUUAGUUGCUGCAAAUAUUGUAUCUAUGGAAGAUUCCAUAUGGAAGCCAUUAUUGCAAAAUUCAGCUAAAUACAAACUACAUGGAAAAUUGUAUGAAAUUAGACAAAGUAGCAUUGAUAAUACGUGCAGAAUUUUGGGAAGGCAUAAAAAUCAGUGUACUCUCUAUAUGCUCUCAAACUUUGAAGAUCGAUUAAAGUUUAAUGAAAUUCAUAGGCAAGCAUCAAAAAUACCAUACGUGAGUGCUGAUUUGAGUUUAACUAAUGUUAAUUAUCAUUGUACACUAAACGCAGAAAAGAUAUUAUCUUUGUGGGAUAUAACUAGAGCGAAUUACAUCAGCAGUGGUUCUCUAUUGCAAAAUAAGACUCACGACGCUUGGGGAAGUAUAAGAUUUCAACAAGGAGAUUCGAAUAUGUUGAUUUAUAUGGACCGAUGUUGUUUACAUUAUUUUGAUAUGAGAACUUCUUUUGAUCAUCCGAGUCUCACAUUGUGUCCGAAAUCACAUUUAGAAAAUUGCGAGAACCUUUCAGUGGAUGCGGCGAGUAGAAACAGUUCCUGUCGAUAUGUUGGUACAUCUCAUUCUCUGUUGAUGUGCGAUAAUCGUUCUCCGAAGCAAUGUGUACAGCAAAAAUGGACGCAUCAAUUUAAAAGUACUCCACUAUUGAUGACUGUAACGAACAGCAAUGAUAAGGAAAUAGUUGUCUUGUCAAGUCAGAUAGCUGGUGAAAAUGCAAUAAUUCUGAAUACUUGGACGAAAAUGGAGGAGUCUCAUUCCUUUAAUUUGCCCUUUACACCUCCAUAUAUCGCGGAAACGUUGAACGAGGCUCAAAUGAGAGGAAUGUGUUUGGACCCGUAUAUACGAAGUAGAUUUGAUUUGUGCAACGUUGGUAGUACACUAGUCACAAAUACAAAAGGGGAAGUGUCCUACUUCGUUCAAAAUUCGAUCGGUGAUAUAUUUUAUCAGUGUAUAACACACGAAACUGUAUUGGAUAAGUAUUCACAGGUAAAUAGCAAGGCGUGUUAUGCGUUAAGUGUGUGGGAGAAGACUCUGGCAGCACAAGCUGAGCCACUAGUGCCUUUAACGCUUACCAAUAAGCAUAAUAUGCAACAUAUAUACAAAAAUUUUACGAAUAGAAAGCUCCGUUUGAAAACUACCGAAGAAAUUAUGGACGAUCCUUUCGAGCCAACUUGGAAACAAUCGUUAUCCAUGCUGGGAUCGUAUAUCGACAUAUUAGCGCCAGAACUUCUUAUGGUUUGGGACAUAUGCGAGGAAGUACCAAUACCCUUAUCCGCGGCGCCCCAUCAGAAAGUAUUGAAUUGGCUGGAAUCGUCAACUUCACAACAUACCACGCAAUCACAGGACGAGCCCGAAUAUACAUUUACACCUAUUAACACUCAAGAAUUAAUUAGUGUAUCCCAAGAGAAAGAUAUCACAUGUAUUGACGACACCAAUAUGCUGCAAGAAAUAUUGCUGCCAAAAGUUAUAUCAAAACCAAUUAGAAAAAAGAACACUUGAACAAUUUGCUUUACUACACAUUAUAGAAAAGAACCACUAUAGAAAAGUACUGUGAUAUUAUUUGAAACUCGUAUUUUUGAAUAUGCAUUUUUUUAAAUGACCUGUAUAUGGACAUAUAGAUGCACGUAUAAUUUUAUAUACAUACACAUAUAUCUAUAUGAGAGUACAUGAAUAAAUAAAAUAUAAAACUUAGAAUUUUA